AUGGGUGUCCAAGAUGCGCCGGCCGAGGAUGGGAAUGCCCAGGUUGAAAGCGAGGACGGAAGAUUCAUUAAAGAGCCGGACGACAGCUUCACCCCAAAUGGCAGAGAAUGGCCUAGCCUGACCAUUGAGGUCGGGCUCUCAGAACGGCCAAACAAACUUGCAAUCGAUGCAAGAGGCUGGCUGGAAGCAAAAGGUUCAGAGACGCAAGUCGUUAUUACAGCCAAUAUCGACCAGACGGUUCCCCAAAUCACCUUUCAUAAAUGGGAGCUUGUAGCAGAAGCCUGUCGAGCAACACGCUCGUCUCUGACGUUAGGAGAAACCACGGAGAAGGUCAUUUGCAAGCUCGAAAACGGAGUGAUCGAAGUUAGCGGGCAGAUAAAUAUCCCCUUCAAGAAGCUGGUUGGCCGGGAGAAGCAAACCGAUACUGAGUAUGAUAUUGUUCUUACGAGAGCUGACCUAGCUGAGAUUUGCAAGCCAGCCUGGGAUGCUCAGAAUUUCACAGAAACAGGCUGA